UGCCUUGGGUCAUGCGUGUCCAUCUUCUUUAGCAUUCCGACUGGAAACACAGAUGCUUGCACGCACAGCAAAACCUUUCAGCAAAACCCAUUCAACCAACAAGGUAUGUCCUUCCAUCAGGGUCGAGGAGGUGGAGGCUGCCCCAGAGGAAGAGCCCCCACAGGUCAACAUGGGGGUCAACACGGCUCCCACCAAAACUACCGGCCCACCAACCUAGGACCCCCACCUCCCCAGCCGCCAAUGCCCCCCUACCACUACGACCCCCAGGCCCAGCACAGCUCCUCUCACAGCUAUGGUGGCCAAGGAAACAGUGGUGGGGGUGGUUACGUCACUGCACAUUCAGACUACAUGUCUUACCCCCCUCCAGUGCCCACUCAGGGGGGUAUGACGGCCAGUCCCCUCAGCCAGUGCCCUGUACGCCCGCCCUUCCCCAACCCCCAGAGCCACCCCAACUUCCCCCCUCCUCCUCUCGCCGGCAACACCUCUGGAAGCUCCAUAUCUGGGUCUCCAGCGUCAGCUCAGAGUGCUUACCAUUACAUGAUGCCCUCCGUACCCCCUCCACCCUUCCCUCACCCCCCCGGCAUGCCUCCUACCAUGCCUCCACAGUCCAUGAGCUACCAUCAACCCCCCUACUCCAUGAACUACUCCCAUCCUCCAUUCCCUCCUCUGCCCAACUUUAGCCCAGGAAACUACGGCUCCCACCAGGGUCCCAGCUCCUUCAAGCCAGACCAUGGGGGCUUCAGGCACAGUCCUCAUGGAGGAGGAGGGCAGCAGUAUAAGGCUGAGAAACAACAGCAAAUGGACGACAGGGGUCAGAGGUCACCGGAGAGAGGCAGAGGGGGUCGCCAUGACGACCACAGGCAGCAGAAGGGUGGCUAUGCUUACGGCAGUCGUGGUGGUGGUGGCGACAGACACAAGAUGGACUUCCCCAUGAACCAGAGAGGGAAGGACCGAGGCAGGAGUGAGGACAGACGCAAGCCGGAGGGAGGGAGACAUCGGUCAGAGUACGAACAGCGUGGGAGGACUCCUCCUACCCGUCACCGGAGUCGAGAACGCAGCAGGGAGAGGCAUCGCCACAGAGACAGUCGGAGGUCUCCGUCACCUGACCGACACAGGAAGAGACCUAGAAGUCGGUCAGGCAGCAGAGAGAGGAAGCGUGGUCGCUGGGAGGAGGAGAGGGACCGGAGGUCCGACGGACCGGGGAUGAGCAGAGACAGAGAGCGCAGCUAUACCUCCGUCAGGAGCCGAGACACAGAGCCUGAAAGGGAGAAAGGGGAGGGAGAUGAGAGAGAGGAGGAUGAGUUGCUGAAGCCUGCGUGGAUCCGCUGUACCCAUGCUGAGAACUACUACUCCAGCGAUCCCAUGGAUCAAGUGGGUGAUUCUACGGUGGUGGGGACCAGUAAGCUGAGGGACCUGUACGAACGCUUCGAGGAAGAGCUGGUCAAGAGACAGGAGCGUGCUCAGUCGGCCCGGCCCAAAUGGGACCCCCCCAAGACCAAGCUAGAUGAGGAGCCCGGUACUGUAUUGAUAUCAGAUAGUAUCCCCAAAGAGGAGUGCCACAGUCACAGCAGCAGCGAGUCAGACUGCGAGUCUGAAGGGGGAGGCAGUACCUGCUCCAGCAGCUCUGACUCCGACGUGUUUGACGUGAUCGCUGAGAUCAAGAGGAAGAAGGCCCAUCCAGACCGUCUGCAUGACGAGCUGUGGUACAACGACCCAGGACAGAUGAACGAUGGGCCGUUGUGUAAGUGCAGUGCCAAGUCCAGACGCACAGGGAUACGCCACAGCAUCUACCCUGGAGAGGAGUCGGUGAAGGAAUGUCGUCCAAUGAACAACAACUCUGGGAAGCUCUACCACUACAGAAUCACUGUGUCUCCACCUACUAACUUCCUGACGGACAGGCCCACGGUUAUUGAGUACGAUGACCAUGAGUACCUGUUCGAAGGCUUCUCCCUCUUCUCCCACAUGCCUCUCACUAACAUUCCAUUGUGCAGAGUGAUUCGUUUCAACAUAGAUUACACCAUUCACUUUAUUGAAGAGAUGACACCAGAGAACUACUGUGUGAAAGGACUGGAGCUGUUCUCUUCCUACCUAUUCCAGGAUAUACUGGAGCUCUAUGACUGGAACCUCACAGGUCCAGAGUGGGACAACCAAUCUCCUGGAUGUCAGAAGUUCCACUUCAUGCCUCGCUUUGUCCGCUUCUUACCUGACGGCGGUAAGGAGGUGCUCUCCAUGCACCAGGUUCUCCUCUACCUCCUGCGGAGCUCCAAGCCUCUGGUCCCUGAGGAGGAGAUAGCUGACAUGCUGCAGUGGGAGGAACUGAAGUGGCAGAAGUACGCAGAGGAGUGCAAGGGCAUGAUCGUCACCAACCCUGGCAUGAAGCCUAGCUCUGUGCGUAUUGACCAGCUGGACAGAGAGCAGUUCAAUCCAGAGGUCAUCACCUUCCCCAUCAUCGUCCAUUUCGGGAUCCGGCCCGCCCAGCUCAGCUACGCUGGGGACCCCCAGUACCAGAAGCUGUGGAAGAGCUAUGUGAAACUACGCCACCUGCUGGCUAACAGCCCCAAGGUCAAGCAGAUAGACAAGCAGAAGCUUACACAGAGGGAGGAAGCCCUUCAGAAGAUCCGCCAGAAGAACACCAUGCGCCGGGAGGUGACCGUGGAGCUCAGCAGCCAGGGCUUCUGGAAGACUGGCGUCCGCUCUGACCUCUGUCAGCAUGCUAUGAUGUUGCCAGUGUUGACCCACCACAUCCGCUACCACCAGUGUCUGAAGCACUUGGACGACCUGAUUGGCUACGUCUUCAAGGAGCGCUGUCUGUUACAGUUGGCCAUGACUCACCCCAGCCACCACCUGAACUUUGGCAUGAAUCCGGACCACGCCCGUAACUCCCUGUCCAACUGCGGCAUCCGCCAGCCCAAGUAUGGGGACAGAAAGGUCCACCACAUGUACAUGAGGAAGAAGGGAAUCAACACCUUGAUCAACAUCAUGUCUCGUCUUGGACAAGAUGACCCCUCCCCCUCCAGGAUCAAUCACAACGAGCGGCUGGAGUUUCUCGGCGAUGCCGUCGUGGAGUUUCUCACCAGUGUUCAUCUGUACUACCUGUUCCCCAGUCUGGAGGAAGGAGGGCUCGCCACCUACAGAACAGCCAUUGUACAGAACCAGCACCUGGCCAUGCUAGCAAAGAAACUGGAGUUGGAUCGCUUCAUGCUGUAUGCCCACGGCCCAGACCUCUGUAGGGAGUCAGACCUGAGGCAUGCCAUGGCCAACUGCUUUGAAGCACUCAUAGGAGCGGUAUAUUUGGAGGGCGGUCUGGAGGAGUCUAAGCAGCUGUUUGGGAGGCUGCUUUUCAACGGAGAGGACCUUCGAGAAGUGUGGCUCAACUACCCGCCCCAUCCUCUGCAGGUGCAGGAGCCGCAGACGGACAGGCAGCUGAUCGAGACGUCUCCGGUGCUUCAGAAGCUGACAGACUUUGAGGACACCAUCGGUGUUAUGUUCACACACUGUCGCCUGCUGGCCAGAGCUUUCACACUGAGGACCGUGGGCUUCAACCACCUCACACUGGGUCACAACCAGAGGAUGGAGUUCCUUGGAGACUCCAUCAUGCAGCUGGUGGCUACAGAGUACCUCUUCAUCCAUUUCCCCGACCACCACGAAGGACACUUAACGCUGUUGCGUAGCUCCUUGGUCAACAACCGUACCCAGGCCAAAGUUGCAGAGGAGCUGGGUAUGCAGGAGUUCGCAAUCACUAACGACAAAACUAAACGGCCAGUGGCCCUCCGGACCAAGACCCUUGCUGACCUGCUGGAAUCUUUCAUCGCGGCGCUCUACAUCGAUAAGGAUCUGGAGUACGUUCACACCUUCAUGAACGUCUGCUUCUUCCCUCGACUGAAGGAGUUUAUCCUAAACCAGGAUUGGAACGAUCCUAAAUCCCAGCUCCAACAGUGCUGCCUGACACUGCGCACGGAGGGCAAGGAGCGAGAUACCUUAAAGACCCUGCAGACAGUGGGGCCGUCUCACGCGCGAACCUACACUGUGGCUGUGUACUUCAAAGGAGAGAGAAUAGGCUGUGGCAAGGGCCCAAGUAUCCAACAGGCGGAGAUGGGAGCUGCUAUGGACGCACUGGAGAAAUAUAACUUCCCUCAGAUGGCUCAUCAGAAGCGCUUCAUCGAGCGGAAAUACAGACAGGAGCUGAAAGAGAUGAGACGAGAGAGGGAUCGCCAGGAGAAGGAGGGGGACGAGCCAGAGGACAGCAGGAAGUAACAGAGCCCCUCUCCGACCAAUCGAUAUGGACAGAGAAUUUUUUCGACCAGUCAAGAUGGACGAUAUUGGUGCAAAAAAAAUAGGUGCAAAAAGUGGAGAGAUAAACUAUUUCCAAAUACUCUGAAUUUCUAAAGAAAAUAUGUCCUUUCCUCGACUACUCUCUUCGAUUUGACAGGUGGAAACAAUGGAAGCUUAUCAUAAGGCUAACUUUCACCUGGUCAGUUCAUUCAUAACAAUUGCAAGGAAGGAGAUGAUUGCGAGGAGAGGACAUAUUUUUGGGACAAUUCAGAAAGAGCACUAGUCUGCAGUACACACCCUCUACUGUCUCGUCCCAUUGGCUUGAGGAUUGCCUUGCAUUUUUUAGCGUUUGUUGUUUUGUUUUGAGCUGCUUUUAUGUGUCGGUCUUAAUCAAUUGCAUGUUGAUUAUGUACAGUCACGUUUUAAACUAAAUCUAGAACAUGGUUGGUCGUCGAUCAUGGUUAUAAUGAACGGCAACACCAGAAAUGCUUUGUUUUAAAAAAUUGUUUUUAUUUGUACCACAAGUGACAUUGAUAAUAAUUGUUAUUAAUAAAGGUAUUUGAUUUGUCAUCA